AGAAGGCGCAUUCUGCUCUCCAUCCGUUAUGGACCUUUUCAGUCAUCAUGUUCCUCUUAAUCGUUUUGCUUCGACGUUCAACCUGCUGAUGCUGAUGCUCUUUUGGAGCCGAAAUACACAAGGUGUCUCAGUGACUGGUGGAGACCUGACCGUGGUGGAGGGACAUGAUGUUACUUUACCCUGCAAGAUGACUGAGCAGGAGAAGACACUCACUCAGAUAUCAUGGAGGAGGAAGACCAGAGGAAUGCCUGGAAAUCCUUUUUUUUUCACCAUCGCAGAAGAAAACAGUCCAAGUUUUGUCGAUGAUCCUGAUCCUCGAAUCAGUUUCAUUGGGAAGUUUGCAGAGAGGGAUGGAACUCUACAAAUAUCCAAAGUUUCGUUAAAUGAUGAAGGAAGCUACACGUGUAUUUUUUCUUUGUUUCCCAGUGGAAUUUACAGUACAGAAAUACCUCUACGAGUAGAAGUCCCUCCAGCUACAAGCCUCAACUCCACCCUUCUUGUUUUGGGAAAUGAAGAAGUUCUUCUUGCCACCUGCACAGCUGCUGCCUCCCGGCCCGCUGCGCAGCUGCGGUGGAUCACUGGCGCUCUUGAGAAGAAUUUAAGGGAAACGACCAGCGUCACGGAGCUCGAUAAUGGAACCACGACCACGGUGUCGUCACUGUUUGGAGUGCCGAGGAGAGAAAUCAGCGGUCAUGAAGUGCAGUGUGUGGUCAGCAGCUCGGCCCUGGCAGAAGAACACUGCGAGGCUUUCACCUUACAGGUCUUCUUUCCCCCCAUGAACGUGACCAUCGUAGAAACGUCAGACGACACCCUUGAAUGUGUUUCUGAGGGAAACCCAGAGCCGAGCGUCAGGUGGACCAGAUCUGACAAGACUUUACCCGAGUCUGACUUCAGAGUUGAUGGUGGGAAGCUGACGUUUCUGCGAAAGGCUUCUGAUCUGAAAGGCUUCUAUCAGUGUGAGGGUUCAAACCCAUACGGACAACAAAGCCAGCAGGUCUACUGGACUGUUGUUUCAGGAUCCAACCCUGCUCCUUGGAUCUUAUUUGAUCUUUUGCUUUUCCUGAACAUCAUCGGUGGUGCAGUGUGGUACUUGUAUAAAGCUGGAUGCAUUACAAGACUUUUGACAAAGGAUGAAACUUGCAGUGGCCUUUAAAGGCUUCCCACUCAUUCCAAUUCACCAGAAAUGGUAAAGUUUGCUGUGUUCUCCUGUAUUUUCAUGUCUUUAUCUUUAAGUCCAACUUUCCCUGAUAGAAUUAGCAUUGCAACACAUUUUUAUAUUUUUAUUUUCCAUGGAGCUGUUGCAUUGCUGUUAUUUCAGCGCUCUUUUCCUUUGAAUGUUUUUGUCUUGAGAUCUACAGACAGUCUGUAGAAAAGCCUUUCUGUUGGAGAGAGAUGUUAUUUUGACCACUUGUGUUAUGCUGCGUUCACACCGGACGCGUUGCAAGCGUCACAGGCGUCACUGACGCGUCAAAGUUGACGCGUGUGAAGUGUGGAAUUCGACGCGUGUUCAAUUUACACACGACGCUUGCAACGCUGGCGACGCG